CCGAACUGCACACCACUAUAGUAACGCAAAAUCGCACAACCUGAAACCCAUUAUAUUGCGAAAAUCUACCUAGACGCACUCGUUAAAAUGGCACUCCGUUCCAUUGUCUUACUCCUCCCCGCCGUCGUCCUCCUUAUGGCAACAACAGCCCAAGCCCAAUCGAGCGGCACCAACUUCUUCUGGUGCUGGGGCCGCAGUGAUAACCUGACGCAAGAGCGAUGCUGCGGCGCUUAUUACCCGUCGGAAGAUGGCUUGUACACGGGCACGCCAUGCACCGCCGCUUGGACAUCUGAGGAUUCGUCUAUCCUGUAUUGCGCCAAUGGAAAUCCCGUCGACCCAAUCAUUCCCGGCGCUGUUCUACCAGCUUGUUGCGCGAGUCACUCUAACUCUACGCCGGGGACUUCGUUCAAGUGUUCUCCGAAACCGAUUUCUAGUUAAGAGAGAUGGUGGAGAGUAGAGCAACAUUUCCUUGAUGAUUGUAUUCAGUUGAGGUUUAUCUAUUAGGGAAAUGGUGAUGGUUAUGUCAAGUUAUUUUACUUAUAAUGAACGUAGUGCCUGUGAGAUCGCGCUUGUACUAGCAUUCUGGCUACAUACAAAGGAGAAGAAAGGAAGUACAGGUGGGGGAUCCAAGCCGCUCAAGGGCACUAGAGUAUCUCAUGUGUACCUUACUGGAAAUCAGGCUACCAAUUCCAUACUACCGCAGAUAUUAUUUAAGUACAUAAUUUAUCCGUUCUAUUUAUCUAUUUGUCUAAGAACAACAAGCUAUCAA